AUGUCGGAGGGGCCGCCGCCGGAAGGCGGGCCACCCGACGCGACAGCGGCAGCGGGCGGUGAUGCUGCGGUGGCAGAGAGCACUCCGCCGCCGAACGAGGCGGCGGCGCCAGCGGAAAUCAAGCAGGAGCCUGUAGAGCAUCCAGCGGCAGAGCCUGCGCCGCAAGAGACGGGAGCGGGAAACACGGGCGCUGCGCCGGAAAUCAAGCAGGAGACCAAGCCGGGCGGCGAGGAGGCGCCUGCGCCGACAGGCGCGCCAGACGAGCAGAAGCCCGACGAGGCAAAGCCAGCUAUAGAGGGAGGCGAGGGCGAAAAGAAGGAACCGGAGCCGCCUCUGCCGCCCAUAGAGCUGAAGCCUCCAGUCAUCCCUGACCGCAUCUCCCGGCCCUGGGAGGAGCUCCCUGAUCCCGAAGCGAGCUCGCUCGCCCACAUCACAGAUCCGGUCUACGGCGAGGGCGAGGGCCCCGGCGAGCUGCGGCCAGCCGUCAACGACGACGAGCACGCGUACUACGCCACUGCUGUCGGGUUGCGGGGCGACCAGGCCACGGAUGAGGAGGCGCGCCUGUUCCGGGGGCGCCUGAGGGAGUACGUGCCUGUGCGGAACGCCAUCCUGCGCCGGUGGGUCUCCCAGCUGCGCCAGUGGAUCACCGAGGCGGACUGCGUGUCUGACAGCAGCGUGCGCCGCGCGGCGAACAAGGACCUCGACCUCAUCUGCGAGACGUGGGACUACCUCAACCUCAACGGCUACAUCAACAGCGGACCCCUGCUCCCGCCGCGCGAAGGCACCAAGCGGCCGCUGUGGCGCGAGGACUGGGAGGAGAUGGAGGACCCGGAGCCGCGGCCGCCCACGGAGCACACGCACGAGGGCAUCCGCUGGUCGGCCGCGGAGUACCUGUGCAAGACGAAGGUCGACCUGGAGGUCACGACGACGAAGAAGGUCCGGCGCGCGGUCGCGGAGCUCGUCGGCGUGGAGGAGGACGACCGCACCAAGGUGGCGGUGCGCGAGGCCGUGGCAGCGUACCUCCGCGGCCGCGCGGCGAUCGCCGGCCUGACGCCGCGGUGGAAGAUGGAGCUGCGCGGGUGGAAGGAGCGGUACGCUGCGCGCGCGAAGCGGCGAGAGGAGAGGCAGAGGCACCGCGCGCCGGGGGGGCGCGUCGUGGUGAUCGGCGCGGGCGCCGCGGGCCUGGCGGCGGCGCGGCAGCUGUCGAAGUUCGGCGUGAGCGUGACGGUGCUCGAGGCGUCGCAGCGCGUGGGCGGGCGCGUGUCGACCGGGAAAGUAGGCGACAGCGGCACUCAGGUGGACUUCGGGGCCUCGCUCAUCACGGGCACGCUGCCGGAUCUCGGAUCCGGCGAGGACGGCGGGCACCCGAAGCCGCCGGACCCGUCCUCGCUGGUGGCGCGGCAGCUGGGCAUUCGGCUGCACCGCCUGAAUCAUACCCUGCGGGACACCCCCCUGAUCGACGUGGUGGCGUCGGCGGAGCGCGGGGGGCCGGUGGAGGUGGCGCUCGAGGUCGACGGCGCGAUGGAGCGGCUGUACCGGGACCUCCUGGACGAGCACGGCGCGAAGCUGAGGCAGCAGAUGGGCGACAAGGCCGACGGGAUGUCUCUGGAAGAGGGGCUGCAGAAGUGCCUGGAACGACACUACAACCACUACGCACGCGAGAAGCUCAGCGACACGCUCGUCGUCGACCACUCGACGCUCCAGGCGGCCGCCGGCCCCGACGACAACGCGGACCUCGUCGCGGCCGAGGAGGCGGCGCAGGCCGCCCUGGAGGCGCUGGGCCCCGAGGACGACAGCGCGCGCCUGCGCCGCCUGACGCUGACCUACACGAAGACCGCGGACAUGCAGGUCGCGACGACCAAGUCGAUCCGCCAGAACGUCGCUCCGCUCGCCGGCGUGGACCCGGACGACGCGGACGUGAAGGCUGCGAUCAAAGCGGCGGUGGGGGAGUUCAUCGAGGGGCGCGUGCCGGAGAGCGACUGGGCGGCGUUCGAGCGGCGCGUGGAGCUCGAGGACGCGGCGGCGAAGGCGACGGAGCGCCGGAAGGACGCCACGCGCGGCCGGAUGUCGGCGGCGCAGCGGCGGGCACUGCAGUGGCAUCUGGCCAGUACCGAGUACUGGAAGAACGCGCCACUUGACGCGGUGUCGUUCGGACACUGGGACGACGAGAAGGCGGCGCAGGGCGGCUUCGGCGGGCCGCACUGCAUGGUGGUGGGGGGGUAUCAGCAGGUGACUGACGCGAUGGCGGAGGGUCUUGACGUCAGGGUGGGGUGCCCGGUGGCCAAGGUGAGCUCGCGCGGGCGGGCCGGCGCCGGCGCAGAGGGCGAGCCGCCCGCCGCGGCGGUCGUCGUCACCACGGCGGCGGGGGAGGAGUUUCCAUGCGACGCGGUGGUGGUGGCGGUGCCGCUGGGGGCGCUCAAGCGGGGGGGUAUCGAGUUCGACCCCCCCCUGCCGGACGCGAAGCAGCAGUCGAUCAAGCGCACGGGCAUGGGCAGCCUGAACAAGAUCGUGCUCGAGUUCCCCCGCAACUUCUGGACCGAACGCCUGUCAGGUAUGAGCAGCACCAGGGCGGGCAACAACGACGCUGGCGGCGACGAGAACCGCAUGGACGAGGACGAGGACGAGGACGACGCCCCUGCUGGCGGCGACAAGAAGGCCCGGAUCGACAUUUUCGGGCUGGUGCGCGACACGCAGCCCGUCGCCGGCGCAGGCGCGCAGCAGCCCCCGCACGUGUCCCGCUACGGCCGCGGCAUGGCAUUCGCGUGGUGGGACAUGAGCCAGUUCACCCCGCACGGCGAGGACGGCCGCGGUGCGCCCGUGCUCGCCACGCUCGUGGCGGGCCGCGCGGGGGACAUGUGCAACGCCGCCGACGAGCAGGAGAUGGUCGGCGAGGCACUGGCGGCGCUGCGCGCCACGUUCGGCGCGGACGCAGUGCCCGAGCCCACCAGCGUGCACGUCACGCGCUGGGGGCGCGAGGAGGGCGUGUGGGGGUCGUGCAGCUACCUGCCCCCGGGGAGUUCCGGGCGCGACCUGGAGGAGCUCGGGCGGCCGCACGGGGCGCGCGUGCUCUUCUGCGGGGAGCACACGACGCGGACGCACCACGACACGGUCGGCGGGGCCAUGCUCACGGGCAUGCGCGAGGCCGCGCGCGUCGUGCGCCUGCUGCGCGGCGAGCAGGCGACGGAGCCCGGCCCGACCACCUGGGUCCCGAUUCCCGGGCGAGGGAAGAAGCGCAGGGCGCCGGAGCACGGGCGGGCCAUCGAGGACGACGAUCUGUCGGGCGACGAGUAUGACUACGAUGAGGAGGACGACAACCGCGGGCGCGUCCGCAAGAUCCGGCGCGCGGAGGAGGAGUUCCCGCGCGCGCACGUCGCCGAGGAGCAGCGGCAUCGCCAGGAGCGCGAGCGCACCGUGCUCCUUAUCGCCGCCAUCGACCAAGCGUCGCGGGGGGACUCCCUGGAACUGCGCACGCGCAUGGAGCGGUGCACGCCGGGGCAGCCGCGCACCGAGAUCGUGCAGGCGCUUCAGCAGUGCAAGGGCCACAGCCGCGCGAAGCUCGCCGCGGACGGUGCCCUCCUCGCAUCACUGGCGGCAUGGCUCUCCAACGCCGUGAUCGAGCGGGACGAGGCGCUGGCGCGCGGCCUAGUGUCGCUCGUGCGGUCCUUCAACCUCUCGCGGCAGGCCCUGGAGGACUCGGGCCUGUGGGACGUGCUCGUGGAGGACGUGGCUGACUCGAGGUUCAAAGAUGACGUCAAGAGGUCGGUGGCGGCGUUCCUGGAGCCGAUGAUGGACGAGGCGGACGCGGAGGAGCCGGCGCCGAAGCCCGCGGCGAAGCCGAAGCCGGUGGAGCUGGAGGAGACGGAGGAGAUGCGGGCGGCGCGCGAGGCGCUGGAGCGCGCCCAGCAGCUGCUGCGGGCGCGCGAGGCGGAGGCGACGGCGGCGGCGAGCGCACUGGGCGCGGACGCGGGCGCGGCCGGCGAGGCGGAGAUCAAGCUGCGGAAUUUCGACGCGGAGUACGCUGCCAAGGCCGCACAGCCCACGACGAAGCAGGCAGCCAAGCCCAGCAAGUCCUCCGGAAAGGCGCCGGCGAGCAAGGCGCCGGCGGGCUCGCAGGACCCGAAGACGUUGCAGAAGAUGCUGUACGGCAGGCUCUGCAAGUACGCGAAGGGCAAGCUGGAGCAGCUGCGCGCGGACGGGAAGCACGACCUCAACAAGGAGUGGAGCGACAAGGUGGCGAAGAACGCGGCGGGCAAGACGAUGGAGUGGGAGCAGCGGCACUGGGGCAAGGGCAAGAACGCCGAGCUGGACGACCACCGCAAGACGCAGACGGCCAAGAACGUGGGCAUCUUUGUGCACAAGUACACAAGUGGGGGCAAGGCGUAG